AUGUCUCCCACGAUGCAACUUGCACCCCACACCACCACUUACACUCCCACUUCUGAUGCCAUGGACCGUCACGAGUACGGCGUUACCAAGAGCCGCAAGGCGGCUUCGACUGGAGGAGGCCGAGCAUGGAGCGAGGACGAGGAAGUCUAUCUCCUCCAGACCCGUCUCCAGAAGAUGCCUUACAAGCACAUCGCCGCUCAUUUGAAGAAGACUGAGCUGGCUUGCCGCCUGCACUACCAUCAGCUUAGCCACGGCAGCAACCGCCGCAAGCAGCGCACGACUUCAGUGUCUUCUGGCUCUUCGGCCAACCAUUCCCCCGUCAUGCAGGCCACGAUGCCUUCCCCGAUCCGAGAGUCGACUCCUCGCUCUGUCUCGCCGCCAGGCAGCUCGGGAAGCUUCGCCCCCAUCUCGCCUGGUCCCAUGCAACUUCCUAGCAUCAUGGGCAAUGUCGCCUCCCCGCGUCUUCCUGCCAUCCUCCCCAAGCCGGUCUGCAUGACCCUGCCGCCCCGCACCUCUUCUCCUUCCCGUGGUUAUCCCACCCCCCUCCCGGAGCCUCACAGCGCGGCCCUCCCCUCGGCCUCUUUCCAGUCCAUGUCUGGCAGCCUCCCCAUGACGCCACCUCUGCGUCUGGAGUGUGCUCACUCCCCCACCCAGCAAGCUGCCACCACCCACCAACACGUUGAUAUGAACCGUCUCCAAUCCGUCUACACUGCCCACCGUGCCUCAUUCUGGGCCGCCGUCGCCAACGACUACGGCCCGGGCGCCAACCCCGUCGUCCUCGAGCAGGCGUGGAAGAACGGCUCCUGCUGCAACCAAGCUAGCACGCCCAUCACGCCCACUUCCAGCCCGGACAACAUGGACCGUGAUACCUACGGCAAGCCCCAAGAUAAGACUCGCAUCUCUGCGAUUCUCGGCAUCGACGCCAACCCGCGCUCGCCCCGUGAGCGCGAGCUGGUAAGGCGCAUGGAGGAAGAGAGAGUCGGAGCCUAA